AUGGAGAAGGUCCAAUACAUAACCCGCUCUGCUCUGAGGAGAGCCUCAACUAUUGAGGUCAACCCACAAGCACGCCAAAGGCUCCAAGAGCUCUUUGUGAAUUUCUGCCUGAUUUUAAUUUGCCUCUUGCUGAUCUGUAUCAUUGUGAUGCUCCUCUGAAGUUCCAGCACUUCUCUGCACUGUCCUCUAGGAAAGUCACCCCAGAGGGAAGAGAGACCUACACCCGCAACUCCCAAUGCAAGGAUCCUCUUGUGAGAGGGGCUAGCACUUGGACUAGAGCUGUAUGCCAACCAUCGCACUACUCUCUU